AUGGCGGCACUCCGGGCCCAGCGCCUCUUCUUGCUCCAGUCUUCCUCCUCCCCUUCCACUUCCACAGCGCGCCCACGGCCUCAUCCACGACGGAGCGGGGCCGCUACAUGCCGCGCCGCCCUGCGCGUGCCUUCAGGCAUUCGCACCGCGGAGGAUAACCUCAGCCUCAAGCUUGAAUGGAUCGAGCCGCAGGCGCCGCGCGCCCCGGCCUCCCCGUCGGCGGACGUGUCCGUCGAGAAGCUCCGCGCCAUCGCGGACGCGGCGGCGGACCGCGCCGAGAUGCACGACAUCAUCGGCAAGCAGCGCGACAACUGGAACCACCUGCUGCUCCACUCCACCAACUCCCUCACGCUCGCCGCCUCCGUCAUGGCCGCGCUCGCGCCCGCCGCGCCCGCGCUCAAGGCGUCCGCGGGGGUGCUCCUCGCCUCCGCGGCCGUCACCAUGGCGGCCGUCAACAAGAUCCAGCCCUCGCAGCUCGCCGAGGAGCAGCGCAACUCCACCAGGCUGUGGCGGGAGCUCGAGCGCGACGUCCGCGCCGCGCUCGCGCUCGGCGCGCCGACGACCAGGGCGGACGUGCAGGAGGCCAUGGACCGGGUGCUCGCGCUCGACGCCGCCUACCCGCUGCCGCUGCUCCCCGCCAUGCUCGAGAAGUUCCCCAAGGCCGUCGAGCCCGCGCGCUGGUGGCCGCGCCGUCGCCCCUCGAAGCAGCCCAUGAACUCAAAGAGCUUCGGCCGUCGUGGCGGCGCUUCCGGCAACGGCUGGACCCAGGAUCUUGAGGACGAGAUGCGAGGCAUCCUCAGGGUCAUCAAGGCCAAGGACGAGCAGGAGUUCCUCACGGUGGGCAAGCUGGUGCUCAACCUAAACAGGGGCCUCGCCGUAGCCGGCCCGGCGCUGGCCGGCACUGCGGCGCUCGCCACGGUGUUCAUCGGCUCCGGCGAGGCCGGGACGUGGGCUUCGAGCGCGGCCGUGUUCGGCGGGGCGCUCGCGGCGGCGGUGAACACGGUGGAGCACGGCGGGCAGAUGGGCAUGCUGUUCGAGCUGCUCCGCAACUGCGCCGGGUUCUACCGCAAGAUCCAGGAGGACAUCGAGGCCAACCUCGGCGAGCCCGACGUGGAGCGGAGGGAGGGCGGUGAGGUGUUUGCGACCAAGGUGGCGCUCAAGCUUGGGCGGAGCAUGUCGGACCUGAAGCAGUUCAGGAAGAUGGCCUCGCCGUCCGUGAGAGACGAGGACAUCAAGGAAUUUGCCGGGAAACUCUUCUAG